AUGUCCCUAACCGCUUUUCUCAAAACCUCUAAAGCCAACUUAAUCGAAACUGCCUCGAGGCUCUCGAAGUUGACAUUGGUGACGGGUAACCAGUCCUCUGACAUGGACUCGGUUGUAUCAGCUAUCGCGUACUCAUAUUUCACAAAGCCUUCUGACACUCCCAUUUUGCCGUUGCUAAACAUUCCUAGAGCUGAUUUAGGGCUCAGAAGAGAUAUCGAGUAUGCUCUCAAACUGAUAGACAUUCAGGCAGAAGAUUUGAUAUUUGCCGAUGACUUACAUUUCUUACCACGCAACAUUAGACUAAAUUUGGUGCUCGUGGAUCAUAACAAACCAGAAGGAGAGAACGAGGAGAUGAUAUUGAAAGCUUUUAACACACAUGUGACGGCGAUAAUCGAUCAUCAUGAUGAUGAACAUCUCUUUCUUCAUGCCGAACCAAGGCUAAUUCAAGUUACGGGUUCCUGCAGCUCUUUGGUUCUUGGCCACUUCCAGAAAGGUGUGCUCAACGCUAAGCUUGAUUUGGCUACGGUGAAGUUCCUCGUGUCAGCUAUACUAUUAGAUACAGGAUUUUUGACCGAUAAGUACAAGACUAAGCAGACCGACGUUGAUAUUCUAAAUCAUAUCAAGGCACAGUACCCUGAAUUAUCAGAUGAAGAGCUUUCACAAGAGAAUACUAUUCUCCAUAAGCAGAAGAAGUCGGUAGAAGGAUUUAACUUCAAGGACAUUUUAAGGAAGGACUAUAAAGAAUACAACUGUGGCAAAUUAAAGACCGGUAUCAGCUCUGUAAGUGGAUCUUUAGAUCAGCUAGAGGCCACUUUUGGAUAUCAGAACAUGGUGCAGGAUCUUAAGGAGUUGAAAGGCCAGAGAAAUCUUUCACUAAUGGUCAUGAUGGCCAGCUAUAAUAGCAAAAGCAACAAUGUUCACUGCAGGCAGAUGGUUUUGGUAGGUGAUGCCAACUCUGCUCUUUCAUCGGAUACGGCAGCUGCUCUCGAGAAUAAAUUACAGCUAGAAGUCAAAGUCAGCUCUUCCAGCGAGGAAAUCAAAGCCUUCGAACAAUUAAAUACGGCAGCUUCAAGAAAACAGGUCGCUCCAUUAAUUACUGAAUACUUGAAGUCUGUAUAA